CAGAGACAUCAGAUGUCCAACAGCAGCUCCAUCACCCAGUUCCUCCUCCUGGCAUUCGCAGACACACGGGAGCUGCAGCUCUUGCACUUCUGGCUCUUCCUGGGCAUCUACCUGGCUGCCCUCCUGGGCAACGGCCUCAUCAUCACCGCCAUAGCCUGCGACCACCACCUCCACACCCCCAUGUACUUCUUCCUCCUCAACCUCUCCCUCCUUGACCUGGGAUCCAUCUCUACCAUUGUCCCCAAAUCCAUGGCCAGUUCCCUCUGGAACACCAGGGCCAUUUCCUAUGCAGGAUGUGCUGCACAGGCCUUUCUGUUUGCCUUCUUGGUAGCAGCAGAGUAUUCUCUUCUCACUGUCAUGGCCUAUGACCGCUACGUUGCCAUCUGCAAACCCCUGCACUACGGGACCCUCCUGGGCAGCAGAGCUUGUGUCCACAUGGCAGCAGCUGCCUGGGGCAGUGGGUUCCUCAGUGCUCUCUCCUGCACACUCAAUACUUUUUCAGUGCCCCUCUGCAAGGGCAAUGCUUUGGGCCAGUUCUUCUGUGAAAUCCCCCAGAUCCUCAAGCUCUCCUGCUCAGAUGCCUACCUCAGGGAAAUUUGGCUUCUUGUAUUCAGUGUCUCUAUUGCAUUUGGGUGUUUUAUUUUCAUUGUGCUGUCUUAUGUGCAGAUCUUCAGGGCUGUGCUGAGGAUCCCCUCUGAGCAGGGAUGGCACAAAGUCUUUUUCACAUGCCUCCCUCACCUGGCUGUAGUCUCCCUGCUUGUCAGCACUGGCAUGUUUGCUUACCUGAAGCCUUCCUCCAUCUCCUCCCCAUCCCUGGAUCUUGUGGUGGCAGUGCUUUACUCAGUGGUGCCUCCGACAUUGAACCCUCUCAUCUAUAGCAUGAGGAACCAGGAGCUCAAGGCUGCCCUGAGGAAACUGAUCACACGCUUUUCAACAGCCAUAGACCGUGUACCUUCCUCCACAAAUGACUCCCAGAGUCUGGCGUGUCAAGGCAGGUCCUUGUGCUACAAGCACAUGCCCUGGAUACAUUUCCGCAAGAUGAACAUGUGA